CACUCUACAACCACACGCUCCCCACCUCAACCAGCACUCUGCAACCCUACCACACCACGUUACUCACACCACAAGCAAGAACCACCACUACCACCACACCGCCAUCAUGCAGAUCUUCGUAAAGACGCUGACCGGCAAGACCAUUACGUUGGAAGUCGAGUCAUCCGACACAAUCGACAACGUGAAGAGCAAGAUUCAGGACAAGGAGGGCAUUCCCCCGGACCAGCAGCGCUUGAUCUUCGCGGGCAAGCAGCUUGAGGACGGCCGCACCCUCUCCGACUACAACAUACAAAAGGAGUCGACGCUCCACCUGGUCCUCCGUCUCCGUGGUGGUAUGCAGAUCUUCGUCAAGACCCUCACCGGCAAGACUAUCACGUUGGAAGUCGAGUCAUCCGACACAAUCGACAACGUGAAGAGCAAGAUCCAGGACAAGGAGGGCAUCCCUCCGGACCAGCAGCGCCUAAUCUUUGCCGGCAAGCAGCUCGAGGACGGUCGCACGCUGUCGGACUACAACAUACAGAAGGAGUCCACUCUGCAUCUCGUGUUGCGCCUGCGCGGAGGUAUGCAGAUCUUCGUCAAGACGCUCACGGGAAAGACGAUCACGCUGGAAGUGGAAUCAUCCGACACAAUCGACAACGUCAAGUCAAAGAUCCAGGACAAGGAGGGCAUCCCCCCGGACCAGCAGCGCCUCAUCUUCGCUGGAAAGCAGCUGGAGGAUGGCCGCACUCUCUCCGACUACAACAUUCAGAAGGAGUCGACUCUGCACUUGGUGCUCCGUCUGCGUGGAGGACAAUACGGUCAGACGGGCUGAUGAUGGGUUCAUGUGCAAGGCGUUUGGGACAUGACUGCAGUCUACGGGCUGGGUUAUGAUGGAUCGGGUUCAUUCAUAGUUUACAUGGCCGUCGAGAGCCAUACAUCAAUGCAAGUUAGCAUGCCUUCGGGAUGAGAUAUUUCUCACAU